CGCGGGCCGAAGCCCCGCCCACUACGGAGGGCGAAGAGGGCCUCCCCGCGAGGGCCGUUCCCCGGCUUCUUCUGCCAGACCUACAAUCGUCGGCCCGGCACAGCUGGCAUUCUCCUCUAACGAAGAGCUUUUCCUUCACCAACUGGGGAUGAUUACUGAUUAUAGUUCUUCCUAAAGAGCUUAUUUUGAAGGAAUGUGUACCUGUUCAGCUUUGCUGACGUAAAGCCAAAAUGGAGCUCGUAUUGGAGCUUAAUUGCUGUGUAAAUCCAGGAAAUUUGAAACUCUCUAAAAUGAUGGCCACUCUUCUUCUAAAGAGGCUAACGUUGCAUACCGUGAAGACUGGAAAUAAUUGCAUUAGAUGUCCUGGUACAUACACCCUGCACCAGACCGCACCAGCACGGCCGUCCUUCCGAGCUUCUGGCCCGAGACUGUCCUGCCCGAUUCACGCAAAAGCUUUCGGUACUGUUGCAGACACCCAGGACGAGAGGAAGAAGAAAAAGAAGAAUGAACCAGCUCUUAGCAACAUCGGAAGAAAAAUUCACGAGCGGGUUAUUCACGUGCUGGAUGAGGCGGGCAACGACUUGGGCAACAUGCACCGAGCAGACGUGAUCAGGCUCAUGAACGAGCGGGACCUGAGGCUCGUGACAAGGGACAGCGGCGCGGAGCCCCCGCAGUACCAGCUCCUGACGGGGGCACAGAUCCACGAGGAGCGCCUGCGACUCCGGGAGCUGGGAAAGGCCCACCCGAAACCCGGCCCUACCCUGACAAAGGAGCUAACUUUUUCUUCAAAUAUUGGACGACAUGAUUUGGACACAAAGAGUAAACAGAUUCAGCAAUGGAUUGAGAAAAAAUACAGAGUUCAAAUUACUAUAAAGAAAGGGAAGAACGUAGAGCCAGAAAAUAAAAUGGAGGAGAUAUGUAAUCAAAUACUCCACACUAUGCCCGGAAUAGCUACCUUCUCAACCCGCCCACAACCUGUUAGGGGAGGGAAAGCUGUAAUGUGUGUUCUUCGUCAUUUAAGCAAAAAGGAAGAGAAUGCACAUGGAGAAACCCAAGGAGCCCAGAAAGAGGACCCUUUGAACAAAGAAAAUGGAAACAACAGAGAAUCAGAUGUUGUGCAUCCGUGAUUUUAAUAAAGGAAAAUGUGCUUCUGGGAGGAAAGAACUGAGCUGGCUGGUCUGUGGUCCUUUAAGCAAAGCAAUCUGGUGUUCAGUUGAGGGAGGAAUGUAUCCACUGAGACGAGAGGCCAAACUCCGUUUUUCACGAGACGGUUUUACCUUUGGAAAUAAGAAAGCGAGACAAUGAGAACGCAGAAUCAAACUAUCCAACUAACCUAAUAGCUGUACCCCCCAACAGGCACCCAGCACCCCCUUAGAAGAAAGUGAAGCCCAGCGAUCGCGUUCCCAGUAGAGUAGUUCACACAGCAGUGACGAGCCGAAAGUACCCGAGACUGCAUCCGGCUGGGGCACUUUGGGUUUAAAACCCACAGCGGGCCCCAGUUAACUUACUUUGAGGUUCAUUUUCUUCUUGUCAGGGUCAUGCACAACAGCGUGCCUAGUGAGACUUUGCUACGAUGAAGGGAAAAGAAAAAGUUAUGUUUUUGAAACGCUGCCAUUUGGGUGCCUAUUAAUAUGAGAACUUCACGAGUUCUUUAAAUAAACUGUCGACCUUCUUUCUGUUACA